AUGCAAUUUCAGAUAUUAAUGAAUUCGAAGAAAAAUGACAUGAAUUUGAAACGACAAAAUGCUCUCUCGUCUGAGCAGCAUAUUGCACCAAAGAUAACAAAACUAGAAACAUACCAUGCCGACACAAAUUCGAACCUUCUCGACCAACAAGAGCCUAAUUCGUCCUGCAACGAAACGAAGAAAAAGACGAGAGGGCGCGUUAAGAUUGAUAUAGAGUUCAUGAAAGACAAGCAGAAAAGGUGCACUACGUUCUCAAAAAGAAAGUCAGGGCUGAUGAAAAAAUCCUACGAAUUAGCCACUUUAACGGGCUCACAGGUAAUGGUUUUGGUUGCUUCGGAAACCGGCCAUGUUUAUACAUAUGCAACGAAGAAAUUCCAGCCUGUUUUGAACUCUACCCCUGGUCGGAAACUGAUUCAGACCUGUUUGGCAAGUGAUAACAAUUCUAUUGAAGAAGAAACUUUUGAUCCUGAAAUAGAAAUAACAGUGGAUGAAGAUGACGACGACAACACUCCGAUUUCUCCGUUGGCAGUGUCAGCUGGAAUGUCCAACUCCCAUUCAGUAAAUGAGCCACCACAGGCGGGACCCCACAAUCUCCAUGAGCCUAUGCCCCCAAAUCCUUCAGACUCUGCCCCACAGUGUGCAUUGACGCGUCCUGGAGUUAUCACGAAAACGUCGACGUAUGGACACACUAUGAGAUAG